GCAUGCAUACAUCCAUCCGGGACGGCCGUCCGACCAUGUGUGUGUUUGUCGACCGACACCUCCUUGUCGACGCUACCCGCCAAGGACUUUGCGUCAUUUGGAAUCUCUCUGGCAAGUGCGCUGCGAAACGUUGUCCCAGGGGACGGCCCCAUUCCUGCUCUCUCUGCGGCUCCCAGGACCAUCAUGCUGGCUCUGCAAAGUGUGUGCGUACGUGAUCGCAUAUGUGGCCGAUGCCUUCGAAUGCCUUCUCCAUCAUCACUGCCUCUUCUCUGCCUCAAAUCAUCCGUGCUGGCUCCCCUUUCAGCGACUUUACUCCCCUUUCUUGCACUUUCAUGCUAGAGAAUCAUAAUUCUGCUCCGCUGCACCCUGCCGCCAUCAAUGCAUAUAUCCAGGAAGAGCUCGAUGCCGGGAGUCUUUUUGGGCCCUGUCCUCGUGUCGUGGUCGAACGUCUGCUUAGUUCGUGUUUUUCGCUCAUCUCCCCUGGCCAUGGUGUUUCCGUGAACGAUCAAAUAAACUCUAAUGAUUUCUUGACCCGCUGGGGCACCGCCGGUAUGAUAGUCGAAGUUGUGAGUCCUUCGUUUCGCUUCCAGUUUAGACUUUAUGUGCGUCCCAUCUCCUAAGUGUUUUUUUUCCUCUCCUGCGGCACUGUCCCAUAUGCUGGGGUUCAUUUCCAGCUGUUGCCUCCGACUCAUCCGCAUUCUCACGGAGGUUGUCUCCAGCACUCUAUGG